CCAUUUGUUUGGCUUUGCUUGUGUUUAUAAAAUUGCUGAAUUUAUAACCAAAUUGCGAACAAUAUGAAUCGAACCGAGCAAACUUUUGAGGACCUCAAGUCUUAUUUUCGUACACACAGCAAAAUCCGUGAACAGCGGCCGCACAUGUCAAAGGUUCAUUCGGUGUGCUGGAACGCAAAUGGAUGCCACCUGGCUUCGGGAUCAUUUGACAAGACAGUCGCCGUAUACGCCUUGGAGCGCGAUCGUUUCGUGAAGAACAAUGUGUUCCGUGGUCACACGGCAUCCGUGGAUCAGUUGUGUUGGCACAAAACGAAUCCCGACCAGUUCAGCACGGCGAGCGGCGACAAGACAGUCCGGAUUUGGGACAUUCGAGUGGCCAAGUGUGUUUCGGUGACCAAUACCAAGGGCGAGAAUAUAAACAUUGCCUGGUCGCCGGAUGGCAAGACAAUUGCCGUGGGCAACAAGGAGGAUCUGAUAACAUUCAUUGACACGCGCACCAACAAAAUCCGGGUGGAGGAGCCGUUCAGCUUUGAGGUCAACGAGAUAUCGUGGAACAACACAAACGAUCUGUUCUUCCUCACCAAUGGCAUGGGAUGCAUGCACGUCCUCAACUAUCCCAGCCUGGAGCAUCAGACGACACUGAAAGCCCAUCCCGCCAACUGCAUCUGCAUAGAGUUCGGACCCACAGGCAAAUACUUUGCGACGGGAUCGGCAGACGCACAGGUUUCCCUCUGGGAUGCCAACGAGCUGGCCUGCCUGCGAAUGAUUAGCCGCCUGGAGUGGCCCGUACGCACCAUAUCCUUCAGCCACGAUGAGCGACUUAUUGCCUCGGCCAGCGAGGAUCUCGUCAUAGACAUCGCCUUCACCGAGACGGGCGAACGAGUCACCGACAUCCAUGUGGACGCGUCCACCUUUACGGUGGCGUGGCAUCCCAAGCAGUAUCUGCUGGCCUAUGCCUGCGACGAGAAGGAAACCAUUGGCGACAGGCGGCGGGAUGUAGGCAACGUUAAGAUCUACGGUUUUCCUGAGUAGACCCGUAGUCAAGUAUUUCAGCAGUUUGUCUUUUUAUACAAAUAUUCGACGACCAUGUCGAAUACCCUACUUCUAUUAAGUUACUAAUGUAAUUCUAAUAAACAUUUAUACUCUUGGAUCAUGGA